CCACUUGCCUGGUGCCCCGAUCAAAUCAGUUUCGGAUCAGAUCGGAUCUUCUUCAAUUCAUCGAUUUCCAGCAUGAGUCAGAAUCCUCAUCAAGCAGCACCUGGAACGGCGGCGUUUCCGUACUCACAGCAGCCGCCGCAGCCGCAAGGUGGAUUUUCUGCGCCGCCGCCGCCGGGAUAUCCCGUCAGAGAUGGCGAAGCCCGCAGCGAGCCUUCUGUUCCCGCGCAAACUCAGUCCAGGGGUGACGGCUUCUGGAAGGGCUGUUGUGCGGGACUGUGUUGCUGCUGUGCAUUGGAAGCUUGCUUUUGAAGGGCGAAUGAAUACACAGAUGGACAGUCAUACAGGAAACCACCACUUCUAUACAUGUAUGAGAGUGCGUGGUCCCUUCGAUUUACUUUGUAUCCAUGAUUGACAAUAAGGUUCUUAUAAUAGAACAAUAUUUUUUGUUUUUAUGUUGUGUGAAUAUUUAGAUUGGGUGAUUGUUGAUUUUGAACAUUAUGCAUAUUUUGAUGGUUUUUAUU